AUGACGGACAAACAGCAUUGGCUCCCCGUGACGCGGGAGAACAUCCAAACUGCUCAUUCUAUGAUUAAGCCGUAUAUUUACGAGACCCCGGUUCUGACGUCCAAGACGUUGAACUCCCUUGCGUCCACCCCGCAGCCAGCGGAGGCCUUGAUAGGAACCCCGUUCGAGGGUCAGCAGCCGGCGUGCCCGAAGAUUAAAUUCUUCUUCAAGUGUGAGAAUUUCCAGCGGAUCGGAGCGUUCAAGGUGCGGGGAGCUUUCCACUCCAUCCUGCGAGUUAUCAAGACCAAGGGUGAGGAGGAAGUGAGAAAGCGUGGUGUAAUCACACACAGCUCUGGAAACCAUGCUCAGGCUGUUGCUCUCGCUGCGUCCACUCUUUCAAUCCCGGCCUACAUUAUCAUGCCGUCGAUAUCUAUCCCAUCCAAGAUCGAAGCCACCAAGGGCUACGGUGGGAAGGUGGUUUUCUCCGGAUCGACGAGCGAGGAGCGCGAAGAAGUGAUGCGGAAGGUCCAGGAGGAGACUGGUGCUAUUCUGAUUCACCCCUACGACCACCCAGAUACCAUCAUUGGCCAAGGAACUGCUGGCCUCGAACUGGAUACCCAAGUAAACAAGCUUGUAUCUCAGAACCCCGAGUUGAGUGUCCGUGAGACUGAGGAUGGGAAAGGAUGUGGUUUGGAUGCAGUUAUCACCCCCGUGGGUGGAGGAGGCCUGAAUUCUGGAACCGCUACCGUCUUCGCCGAUCCACGGGCUGAUGGCCGCAAGAUCCACGUCUUUGGUGCCGAACCAUCGUUCCAGGGCGCAGACGAUGCUCGUCGUGGACUUGAAGCUGGGGUGAGGAUUCCAGAGGUCAAGUCACUUACAAUUGCCGAUGGAUUAAGAGUUCCCCUUGGUGAGAUCGCAUUUAGUAUCCUUUCUGAUCCCGCCAAAUCCCGCGGCGUGUUUAGCGUGACCGAGGAGCAAAUUAAGAGCGCAAUGAGACUUGUUGUCGAGAGGAUGAAGAUAGUCAUCGAACCUAGCGCGGCUGUUCCUCUUGCAGUCUGCCUCUACAACGAGGAGUUUAGGCGGAUCGUCGAACAAGAGGGUGGUGAAGCAGGCUGGAAUGUCGGAGUCAUCUUCUCUGGGGGCAAUACGACUAUCGAGGCGAUGUCCCGUCUAUUUUCUGCAUCCUGA